CAGUAAUCUAACUUUCUCAGCCUCAAACGUCUCCUCUCUCUAAAACUUUUUCUCUCUCAUGGCGCCAGCUUCUCUGAACCACAACACCAAAACAGUAUGUGUCAUGGAUGCUUCAGGACCCUUGGGGUCAAACCUCGUCCAGAAGCUGCUCCAAAGAGGCUACACAGUGCAUGCCACGGUUCAAGAUCAUGUUGAAUAUCAACCAUUCAAUGGUCUCUCUUAUGAUAGCAAGAAGCUGAAGAUUUUUCGUUCUGACCCUUUUGACUACCACAGCAUAAUUGAUGCAUUGAAGGGCUGUUCUGGGUUGUUUUAUACAUUUGAGCCUCCUCAAGACCAACCCAACUACGAUGAAUUUAUGACCGAAGUGGAGGUAAGGGCAGCACACAAUGUAUUGGAAGCGUGUGCCCGAACAGACUCCAUUUAUAAGGUGGUAUUUACGUCCUCAGCAACCGCCGUUGUUUGGAGCAACGAUCGUAACUCAUCAUCACCAUCAGAUCUAGACGAGAGACAUUGGAGUGAUAUCAAUUUUUGUCGCAAAUACAAGUUGUGGCAUGCUCUCUCCAAGACACUAGCAGAGAAGACUGCCUGGGCCUUGGCAAUGGACCGAGGGGUGAGUAUGGUGUGUGUCAAUGCAGGAUUGCCGAUGGUCACUGACCGUUCGGUCACCACCUCGUAUCUGAAAGGAGCAGCCGAGAUGUACGAGGACGGUUUGUUCGUGACCGUCGAUCUCAAUUUCUUGGUGGAUGCCCACAUUUGUGCCUACGAAGACAUCUCAUCGUACGGACGAUAUCUGUGUUUUAAUCAAGUAGUUGAUCGCACUGAUGAUGCGGUCAAGCUUGCCAAAAUGCUGAACCUUGCAUCCCCACAACCUCGUAGUUACGACCAGGAUAAGAGGAUAAUCCAGCAGAGGAUAAGCAACAAGAAACUGAACAAAUUAAUGGUUGAUUUUGAGAGUGGGCCCCAGGAGGACUGAUUCACAGCCGAACAUCAAAGUGUAAACAUAAAUCAUCCAGCUGUUUUGAUCUUUGACAAAUAGUCAAAGUCUUUUGUAACACUUCAAUGUUGCCCCUAAGUUUGUUAAUCAUAGAUAAAAAAUAAACAUUACUUGCAUUGUUUAUGCGUCA